GAAAACUGUAAAAAUGAAUACAGUGUUCAACAAUGAUGGCGCAUAAGGUGUGGAUAGCCUUUUUAGUACUUUAUAUCGGAAAAAGUGUCGCUGAAUUAUGCCAAGAAGGCCAACUUGAGGCAGUUACUGAAGAUUGUUCAAAAUUCAAGUUGUGCAGGGAAGGUCAGUGGAAGGGACUAACUUGUCUACCACCACACCAAGUAUUUGAUUCGUCCAAAGGAAAGUGUGUUUCAACUCGCAGCUUCUGCUUGUCCCAAAGAAGAUCAACUGAACAUUGCAAAAGGGACUUGUGCAAGCACGACCUCAGUGCACAAUGUAGCGACGGUCAGACGAAAACCUUGGGCUGUAAUCAUUAUUCCCAGUGCAUUUCAGGGGCUUGGACGCAAGUGGAAUGUAAGAAAGGCGAGACAGUCAAAGAAGGACAAUGUUCAGAAGGAACUUGCCAGCUUACCUUCCUUAGUUGUAGGGAAUAUAUAAUCAACGGGGAUCAUGUCUAUUGCGAAAGUGGAUACUACUUUGAUGAAAUUCUAUCCAAGUGCACGCCAGGAUUCUGCGAAAGCCAUGGAAGUGCGUGCAAAGAUGGUGAAAAAAAAGGAGUUAAUGGUUCCUGUAAGAAAUACCAAGAAUGCAGAGGAGGAGUUUUCGUUGAUAAGCAGUGCAGUCAUUGCCAAAAUUUUGAUGAAAAUCGUGAGAAAUGCGUUUUUGUUUGGGAUAAGCCUUGCAGUGAUGAAAAUACAACAACAACCACAACCACAACAACAACAACAACUACAACAACAACAACAACAACAACGAUAACUCCUACAACAGGCAUAACUACACCUACAACUACCUCUACAGCACCUCCUUUCAAAUGUUCGCCCGGCCAACGCAAGCCUGACUAUGAAAGGUGUAGCCAUUAUUUCGAAUGCGAUAAUGAAGGUAAUUGGAAGAACAAAUCAUGUUGGUGGAUUUUUUUCUUCAAGUUUGAUGUCAAUUCUUAUAGAUGUAAAUUUUGGAGUGCUAAAUGUGCCAAAAAAUAAUAAAUAUGCGAGAUAUAUAUACAAACUUCAAGAAUGUAUAUUUUUUUUACUGAAUAUUAAUGUUAUUACCAUUUUAGAAUAAAAAUUGGACUUGUAUAGCUCCCGAUUUAUUUCUUAAAAUGUUUAAUGAUUUCAUUUUUUCAUCGUGAACUAAUGGCUUUGACUCUUAUUAGUUUAUUUUAAAUACCAAGAAUAAUUUAUUUCCUUUACAUCAUUUUCGAAACAGCUAAAACAAAAUAGAUAAAAUUAAACGAGAAACCAAAACGAAAAAAAAAAAUAUUGAAAUCAAAGUUUCAAAUUAAAAUGAUGAAGAUAUUAAAAAAUAACAACAUUAAACAGGAAGAUAUAAUAUUAGUGAAUAGAUUCUUCAGAUGGCUAAAAUAUCUCCAUUAGUAGCAGGAAUUUUUCAUAUUUUACUGUUCAUUAUUUUAUACAUUUUUUUUAAGUCAUGAACCUUAUCUGCUUUUAAUGAUACAAAAGAUAACUGUUAACAAAUGAAAUAUUCAAACAUUUUUUUCUUUAGAAACCACGUGAUAACACUAUACUGAGCAGAUUUGCACUAAAUCAAUGUACCAUCAAUGUUCAGUUGUGCCAUCAUAAAUGUAUUUAAUUAAUAUUAUUAUUAUUUUUAAUAUAUCCGAAUAAAUAAAUAAAUUUAAAAAAAACUUGAAAUAUGUAGUAGAUCUUAUUGUUAGUGUGUUGCAUAUAAUAGGGAUAGAGAAUAAACAUAAUAAUAUAAGUAUUCACUUAAUAGGACCUAAAGGGAUUUACCAUUCAGAAAUAAAGAACUUACCGUCCCUAUCGUCAGUAAGAAAUUUUGACAGGAAAUUUAAUCGAAAGUAGGUUGAUGUUUAAUCCUCAUCAAGCUUAUCAUAUUGUGUAAGUUGGUGGAAUAACUGAUGGUAAGUUUUUCAAAUUUUCAAUCAAAAAAGAGAUUAAUGAAUAGGAUUUUCACUAAAUUUACCUCUAAGCCGCUUUAGUUUACGUAGGACGAAUGACUGUAGACCCAUAGUCAAAACCAUUAGCGGAUCCAGAAUUUCAUUCUGGGGAGGGCUUCAAAUAUAACGAUAAUUACUUUGGAAGAAAAAGAAAGAAGCUAACUAACUCUAAGAAAUGGUGUUUAAGUGAUUCUUGAAGUCCUAUUAAAUGUAAUUACACGAACAAUAAUACUUUAAGAGAUAUUUUUUUCCAUAAAGCAUGGUUACAUUUUACCAUUUUGGUGGGGGGAAUGGUUUCAGCCCGAAAGUACCUCAAGCUCUCCCCCCCCCCCCGUAGAUUCCCGGUGGUCAAAACUGACAACAAUUUUAUAGUUCACUUGAAGAGAAUUUAACCGAUCAAUAAACACCUUAAUUUUUUUAUCUGAAGUGAGAUGUUGUUACCUGUCAAAUCAUGUUGAAAUUUUAAAACUGUGUAACCGUGUAAUGUAAUAAAAUUGUGAAAUUUUAUCAUAAAGUGUUUUCCAAAGAAGCUUUUCGCUUCAAAUAUGCAUUAAUUUAAAUAUCAUAAAAACGACAUUAUCUAUAGAUAAAAGUUAGAAUAUACAUUACUAGAUAAUAAUGAUAAAUGCUCAUAACAAAAUUAAAUCUAAUCUAUUUUUUAUGCAUUAAUUAAUUACUAAUAUGCAUUAAUUUAAAUAUCAUAAAAACGACAUUAUCUAUAGAUAAAAGUUAGAAUAUACAUUACUAGAUAAUAAUGAUAAAUGCUCAUAACAAAAUUAAAUCUAAUCUAUUUUUUUUAUUAUUAUUUAUUAUGAUAUUUACAAUUAUAUAAAAAAUAAAUCUAGUAAAUUCGUACAUGGGUAUAAUGACAUGAAACACAUGUUGAGAAACCACCCACUGGUAACACUAUAAUAAUAUGUCUAUAUUAGGAGAUCACGGGGCCAUCUUCUUUUCAGACGCCUCGGAAGGUUACCAGGAAUUGAAUAGAAAGCAAGGUUAGAAACAAGAGGGUUGGGAUGGUUAUGAAGUUUAUCAUGGAAGGAUAGAUAUCUAGAUUGGGCCAAAUCUGAAACAUAAGAAACAUUAAGGUCAUUGUGGAUGAUUUAAUUCGUAACAAGGUAAGGAGCAUUGAGGAUUAUACGAAGGAUUUUGGACUGUAAGGAUUGGAUACGAGAGGAAUUUGAAGGUUUGGUGGAGCCCCAUAGCUCCACAACUCCGUAAGUCCAAAUAGGCCUUAUUUUAGCCAUGUAUAUGAGUCUAUUGUAAUUGAUUAAAAAGGUUAAAGCGUUUGUCUAGUAAGUGCUGAAGUAGUCGGAAACGUCGAGGGGUUUCUUGCCGUUUUAGUCUGGUAUGAGGAUUCCAAGUUAGACGUUUGUCCAGUACAUAAACUAAAACAUGUGAUAUAACAAGAUACCUAAAUAUCUUCAUAUAACCUUUUCUUACUUUAUCAUCUUUUACUAUUACAGUACUUCUCUGGUAGUCUAAAAAUAAAAUACAGUUUUGUCAUGAUACAUUUUUCUUUAUUUAGUAAAACGCAUGUCCAAUAAAUAAGUGUAACAUUUAUAUUUAUUAUGUGAGUACAAUAUGUCCCUCCUUGUUCAUCAUUUCCUCUACUAUUUCGGAGCAGUGUGAGGGAGUAUUUUAUAUGUAAAACCUAAUAUUAUCAUAGUUUGGUAUUAUUUAUUAUAUUUAAUAUAUAACUUAUUAUGUCGAGCAAUCUUUCCCAUUCAUUGUUGAAAGCGGACUGUAAUGUAAACCAGUGAUACUUAAAAAUGUAGGUCUGUACUGUUAUUGUCUAAUAUUUAUAUUUUCCUAAGAUGAAUCAAGAAUUAAAUGUUAAUUUUAUUAGAAAUGUGCUCAUAAUGUUAGCCAAUGUUUUUUAAGGAAGAAGCGGUUUUUAUUGAAUAGAAGGAAUUGUUCAAAAACUGUUCAAGAUAAUUUAAUUCAAAGUACACCAUCGUAAAGUUGAUACAUGUUUAUUUUUUAAAGGAAGCCGUGAUUAAGUUUAAUAAGGUCAAUGAUAAACGGGACUUUAUGGCCUCUGUAUUGCUAAAGUACCACAGUACAUACACGAGCAGCAUGCUCUACGCAGCGGCCGUGUUAGACCUCCUGAAAAUCCCUUUCAUCAUUGACCUUGGUAAAUUUUAUCACUAUUAUUUAAGAAUUUAAUCUUAACUUCUUAUUUAAUUAAAAACGUGACCACAUGAAGAAAAAGACAUAAUUGGUCUUAACUCGUUUUCCGUUCGGAAUUGGCCCAUGCAUCAAAUGAACUUUUGAGAUGGAAUUUUGUCUAAAAUUAGCCCCCCCCCCUUCCAGUGUUUAGCCAUUUAGAACUGAGACACCC